AUGAAAAUUACGUAUUACUCGGGGAUUAUCUCAAGACUACACGUAACCUCAACAACAAAUAGAACCAAACUAUCGCUAAUUUGCAAGGCUAUGUCAGGAAAGAAAGAGGAGGAUCAACGUAAGCCACGUAUUUGGAACCUAAUCCAAUGUGUUGGAGUCGUAUUGUCACUCAUCGCUGCUGUGGAAUACUUUAAAUAUUCAACAAGGAUACAUUAUGAUUGGUUCCAUUGCACCCCAAUCAUGGAACCAUUGGACAGUUCAGAAAACCCUAUAUUUAAAGUGUGGGCUCGUGGAGGCCCUAGUUGUGAUAAAAGAGGCGAGUUCAAGACUAUUGUUAAAAGUAUUACAAGAGGAUUUGAACCUGCAAAAUCUCCAAUAUCAUUUUGUAUAAAAGAAAACACCGGUAUACCUGCUAUUCAUUAUCCAAUUCAUGAAGAUAAGGGGGAACCAGGUUACAUUGCCUACGUAGAAUAUACCACCAAUGAUAGGGAAAUCCAGAAAAUAUGUCAAAAUUCAACGAUUCUCCAUAUGUAA